GGCAAACAGUAGACGUGGAUAAGCACAUGAUGGACUAUAUAGAAACCGAAAUGGCUAAGCGUCAUCGGCGUGAUAUGCCCAAAGAUACCUCUGAUUCAGAGGCUACUACGAAUGAGGCCAUUAGUGGACCGGCCGGUAGCACCAACUUCGCGCGGCGCGAACCAGCGACUCUUGGUAAAUUACACGAGAUCGAUCUCGGUCAGGAGACCAAGCUACAGAAUAUCGCGCGAACAGAGGCCGCGACGAGGCGACUUGCAGGAAGUGGCGCUACAGCAGCAGCAACACCCACAGAAAAUACCAGUGAGAAGACUGCAGUCGAACAAGACAGGAAAGCUUGGCGAGAUCGCAAACGGCGAAGUAGCAGGGAUAUUGAACGAGAUCGACUGGUUGAAGAAGUGUUACGGGAGAGCAAAUUGGAUGUAUAUGAUGAACCGGACGACGAGCCACGAAUGGAUGAUAUGGCGGCCGAUGACCGCAUUGCCGAACAAUUCCGGAGAGACUUCAUGGAUGCGAUUCAAUCACGCCGGCGAGUGGUACGACAGAAGAACACGACAACCACCAAGGCGGCCAAGCCGGAGGUUACCAAAGGACCAAAACUUGGGGGGAGCCGGAGUGCAAGAGCAGCGAUGCGUGAGUCGCAGAAGACUCAGAAAUGAGCGAUUGUCUUGCCUACCUGAGUGUCUGUGAUGGGACAGUAGUAUGGAAGAUUGAUUUGUUGUCGAGACAGUUAUACUCUGAGUAAUAUGACCAAUACAAGGACAGCCUGGAAAGAAGGUUUGGCAUUCCAGGGCGGUAAGUCUUGCCUGUCUUGUCGGCAGUGGGUAUUCCACGAUACCUGUGCAAAGUCCUGACUCAAACCGCGGCCAGGGAUGUAGAUAUGAAUCGAGGGAGAAUCAUACUCUACAUAUAAUUGUCUACAGGGCAGUCCCUGUAAAAUAGGCGGAAUCCAG